UAAGAAAAAAAAAAGAGUCAACAUUUUUGAUCCCAUCUGCUGAACAUUUUCUCUCAGAAUCAAGAAAUUGAAAUCGGUGUCAUUUGAUCAGAGCUAAAUCCAACUGACUCCCGGUAGUUAACAAUUGCAGAGAGAGAGAGAGAGAGAGAGAGAGAGAGAGAGAGAGAGAGAGAGAGAGAGAGCAAUGGCCGUGGUUGCUUCAGCUCCUGGGAAGGUGUUGAUUACCGGUGGUUAUCUUAUACUCGAGAGGCCAAAUGCGGGGAUUGUAUUAAGUACCAAUGCCCGCUUCUAUGCCAUUGUGAAGCCACUCUAUGAAGAAGUCAAGCCAGAAAGCUGGGCAUGGGCCUGGACUGAUGUCAAAUUAACAUCUCCUCAGCUCUCAAGAGAAAGCACAUAUAAAAUGUCUCUAAAGCAUUUGAUGCUCCAGAGUGUCUCUUCAAGUGAAUCAAGGAAUCCUUUUGUUGAACAUGGAUUGCAAUAUGCUGUAGCUGCCGCUCAUGCCAUGUUUGACAAGAAUAAGAAGGAAAUCCUACACAAACUACUCUUGCAAGGUCUUGAUAUAACCAUUUUAGGUUGCAAUGAUUUCUACUCAUACCGAAAUCAGAUUGAAGCAAGGGGACUUCCCUUGGUACCAGAGUCGUUGGCUUCCCUUCCACCUUUUGCAUCAAUCACUUUCAAUGACGAGUCAAAUGGAGAGAAUUGCAAGCCUGAAAUUGCAAAAACUGGCUUGGGUUCUUCUGCAGCAAUGACGACAGCUGUUGUCGCUGCUUUACUUCAUUAUCUUGGUGUAGUUAAUAUUUCCUACUUGUCCAAAGAUCAAUGGCGAGAAAAGACUGAGUCUAUGGAUUUUCAUAUAGUGCAUAUUAUAGCUCAAACUGCACACUGUAUUGCACAAGGGAAAGUUGGCAGUGGAUUUGAUGUCAGUUCUGCAGUUUAUGGCAGUCAGCGUUAUGUCCGUUUUUCACCUGAAGUGCUUUCUUUUGCUCAGGUUGGCGUUAAAGGACUGCUACUACAGGAUGUCAUUGGUGACACCUUAAAAGGCAAGUGGGACCAUGAGAGGACUAAAUUUUGUUUACCACCAUUGAUGACUCUUUUGUUGGGGGAACCAGGAAGUGGUGGAUCAUCGACCCCAUCAAUGGUAGGUGCCGUGAAAAGUUGGCAAAAGUCUGACCCACAGAAAUCCCAAGAAACAUGGAGACAUUUGUCAGAGGCAAAUUCAGAUCUUGAGACACAACUACAUAUGCUGAGCAGAUUGGCAGACAAACAUUGGGAUGUUUAUAAGUGUGUAAUUGAAUACUGCAGCGUGCAUAAAUCAAAUGAGUGGAUGCAGCAUGCUACUGAACCAAACAAAGAAGCAAUUCUUAGAACACUGUUUGGGGCAAGAGAUGCGAUGCUCAGGAUCAGACAUCAUAUGCGCCAGAUGGGUGAGAGUGCAGGUGUUCCGAUAGAACCUGAAUCACAAACUCAUCUUUUGGAUACUACCAUGGAUAUGGAAGGAGUUCUGUUGGCUGGAGUUCCAGGAGCAGGUGGUUUUGAUGCAAUAUUUGCCAUUACUUUAGGAGAUUCUGAUAACAAUGUGACGAAAACAUGGAGUGGGCUCAAUGUUCUAGCCUUGUUAGUUAGAGAAGAUCCUCAUGGUAUUUCUUUAGAAAGUGGCGAUCCGCGAACCAGGGAAAUUACGUCGGCUGUUUCUUCUCUUCAUGUUUAGAAGUUGAGUUUGCCCAUAUGCUUUUGAGUCCAUUGAAGAUCUUUGAUAUCAACUUGGAAUAUAAAUACAUGUGUUUUAAAUUAACGAAUAUGAUUAAAGAAAAUGAAAGAUUGUUACUCUUUCACAUUUCUUUUUUAAUAUUUGAGAAAAAAUGAAAACAAUUUGAUAUUAUAUACUUCUAGAAACUUUUGCUUGCC